AUGAAUGGAUAUGAAUUGACAGAACAAGAUGUCAGACAAUUGAACGAAUAUUUUAUGAUUACAAAUGAUGUAGAUUCUUUAUAGAGGUAUCUUGAAGCUAUUCCAAAUUUAUUCUAGUUGUUUGAAUAACAGGGACUUCCUAUUCCUAAACACCACGGUUAAGGUGUUUAACUUGGAGAAGUUGGAAGUGAUAAAGUCAAAAAUAGGCCAAGUGGAUUCAAUAGUGAACCAAAAUCGGAUAGAAUAAAUGAUAGGCGUUCUUAUAAUGCCUUUGGCAAUCCUAACGGUUCUAUAAGAUGA